AUGCCCGACCAGUCAGCGUCUUGGCUACGCUGGGUCGUCGGUAUGGGCGAACGUCGCAAACUUGGCGAUGUCGCCAUGGACCUUGUCCUCUUUGCUGGCAUGAUGACAGCUGGUCUGUAUAUCGCGCGCAAUUUCUUGAACCCGAUCCUUAGCAACCUCGCCGAUCCCGAUAAGGAGAAGCACGAUCAAGCCAGACAAAAAGCCAAGGCCCACCUCGAGCGCAUAAACCGACGACGCCAGCAUGAGGUGGGCGAGGGCAGCGAUGACUUCGGAGAUGCUCCCCGAGCUGAAGAGUUGGUUCUAAACGAAUACGAGAAUCUAGUUGCGCUGGAGAUGGUCGCCCCUGAGGACAUUCACGUUGGCUUUAAUUCCAUCGGAGGCUUGGAUAUGAUUAUCGAAGAACUCAAAGAGUCCGUCAUCUACCCUCUAACCAUGCCUCACCUUUAUUCGCAUGCGGCGCCGCUUCUUUCCGCUCCUUCUGGCGUCCUUCUCUUCGGACCUCCUGGCUGCGGAAAGACGUUGCUCGCCAAGGCGCUUGCUCAUGAGAGCGGCGCUUCUUUUAUCAACCUGCACAUUUCUACCAUGACCGAAAAGUGGUAUGGCGACUCCAACAAGAUUGUCAAGGCCGUCUUCUCCCUGGCUCGCAAGAUGCAGCCUGCCAUCAUCUUUAUCGACGAGAUUGAUGCCGUCCUCGGCACUCGACGCAGUGGCGAGCAUGAGGCUAGUGGCAUGGUCAAGGCUGAAUUCAUGACGUUGUGGGAUGGACUUACUUCUGCCAACUCAUCUGGCAUGCCGGCACAAAUAGUUGUCCUCGGAGCUACGAACCGUAUUCAUGAUAUUGACGAGGCGAUUCUGCGACGAAUGCCCAAGAAGUUCCCUGUACCGCUUCCAGGCUUGGACCAGCGGCGGCGCAUCCUACAGCUCAUUCUGAAAGACACCAAGACCGACCCGCAGCACUUUGACCUGAACCAGGUGGCCAAGCUAACUGCCGGCAUGUCCGGAAGCGACAUCAAAGAAGCCUGCCGUGAUGCUGCCAUGGCGCCCGUCCGCGAGUUCAUGCGUGAGAACCGCGGCACUGGUCGCCCCAUGCAGAAUGUCGAUGCUUCGCAGUUCCGUGGCAUCAGAACCGAUGACUUUUUCGGCAACCAAGGUGGCCAGCUCCCGCUUGGAAAGGCCGGUUUACGCAAGGCUGGCAAGCGCAAGGGGCAAAGCAGGGCGACUGGAAGCACCCAGAGUGACGAAUAUGAAGAUGUCGAUGAUUUGGUUGUCGAGGAGCAAGAUUAA